CACGGGUGCCACAGCUGUUCACUGCGAACAAUCGGGCGAGAGGUUGAGUGACAAUGUCAUGGCUUAGUUCGCCUGCGCUGUGUUCUCAACUACAAUCCUAAUGUACUCAUGUGCAUGAGUGACAUAUCGCCCUUCUCGCAGUGUAACGUGAAGGCACAUCACCCAUCCCAGCCAUGUGGGAAUGCCCAUGCAGAUCAGUGGUGCAUCCACCUUCACCUAGCAUCUUACACCGAACUCGCCCGCCUGUUCUCCGCCCCUCGUCCCUGGGUAUAUAACGUUGACACCCGGCUACUUCCUCCGUCUCCUGUAUAUUUCCAAUCAACUGCUUCCGAGCACAACAACACUUUUGGCAAUAGCCAAAUAUGUUCAAGCUUUUGCUAGCGGCGGCACUCGCUGCUGCAUGUGCUUGCUACGCCGCCCCAAACGGGACCAACUCCAACGCCACAUUCACGAACCCGAUUCUCGACGCUGUGGGUGCCGAUCCCUGGGUCUUUCGCCAUGAAGACUACUACUACAUGACCUACACUAACAACGAAGACAUCACUCUACAGCGCAGCAAAGUCCUCACUGAUUGGAACAAUGCUGAAUCUAAGCUGCUUUUCAAGCCGCCUGCAGGCAUGAACUACUCCACGGAUCUAUGGGCACCCGAACUUCACAAUCUCAACGGCAAUUGGUAUGUUAUCUUCACUGCAGACCCACGUUUCGACUCUCCCCCUCCCGAGACCGAGAUGUGGUGCGAGUACAAUUGCCCAGCUGUCAACCAUCGCAUGUACGUGGUUGAGGGCAUCGGUUCUGAUCCCUGGACCGCCUCCUACACCUACAAGGGCGAGCUCAACACGUACAACCAGUUCGCCAUAGAUGGCACCUACUUUCAGCACAAUAAUCAGCUAUAUCACAUCUACUCGUGCUGGUUUCGCCAGUACGAUGGGUGGCCAGCCAACCUUUGUAUCACCAAGCUAUCCGACCCAUGGACAGUGUCUUCGCCGUUUACGGAACGUCAGAUCAUCUCGGUGCCAGAGUAUGCCUGGGAGAAGACUCCGUUUGGACGCGCGGGCAACGAUCGUCUUUCCUCUAAUGAGGCUCCCCAGCAACUCAUUAACCCCAGCACACAGCAGAACUUCCUUAUUUAUAGCGCCGCUCGUUCGGACAACCGAAACUACUGUCUUGCACAGUUGGAGCUCAUCGGCGACGACCCGAUGAAUCCAGGCGAUUGGCGCAAGCACCCUUACCCUGUCUUUUAUCAAAAUCCAAGCGAGGAGUCAUAUGGCGUCGGGCAUGCGAGUUUCACCACUAGCCCUGAUGGAACAGAGAAUUGGAUUGUCUAUCAUGGCAUGCGCGACCCGGCGAAUGGCUGGGGCGCAAGGACGAUACGCGCACAGACAUUCACGUGGAAUGAUGAUGGGACCCCGAACUUUCCUAGACCUGGAUAUGGCCCGUAUAAGGCCCCUAGCGGGCAGUAGACUCCUCCCGGGCGAUUCAUACAUCUGAGGGCAUUUUGGCUUCGGUCUAAGGUAUGGAUAUUGGGGGUUUUAUGUCGCUACACAGUGUGUGGAUAGCUGUUUAGCUGCACUUGAAUAGACAUGUGCCAAUUUGGUCAAGAGAGGUCGUCUUGGUCAGUCCUGCACCUUGGUAACUUAGCCCUGAUUCGCGUAUGAAAUUUGAAAGUGCGUACUAUUGGGAAUACGUACUUAUGUCUUAUCUUCUCUGUAUGAUACCUUUAAUACCAUGGCAGGGGAAGAGCUAUGAGGAGCAGAGGGCCACGUUGAUCCUUUGUGCAUGUGAUACAUGGUGGCUAGCUGGAGGUCCCACAGGUGAAGCAGUACAUCUGUAUAUCACACCCGAUGC